ACAUUGUCCGAUAUGAUGAUGAUAAGGAGAUGUCAAAAUUCUCAAAUGCUGUCAAGGGAGGUCGAUUGAGUCGGCUGAUCGAGGCACAAUCCCGAUUGAAGCCCUUAAAGCCUUCCGGGAUUCUCUCCCCGUCUGAAUUCAAUGAGAAGCAUUUGUCCAAAGCGAAGCCAGGUUUGUUCAAGGGAUUAAUACGUGACCCUCAAUCUCCGUAUCGAUGGCCAGCUUGUCAGAAAUGGAAAGGAAAUGAGAAUGAACCACUUGCUGGGCUUCGUGAGAUCAAGCAAGUCCAAAAUGCAAAUGUAGAAGUAGAAGUAGCUCCGAUUGGAACAGGAUAUAAUGAUAAUAUCAACCGUCAAGAAGGAAAAGAUGGCACACACGAAUGGACACAAUUGAGAAUGCCAUUCAGUAUCUUUCAAGAUGCAUUCAUUGACGGUAAAAUACCGUGGAACAACAGUACGCAAUCUUCUGAGCCAGAGCUUGUUGGUUAUGUAGCCCAGCAAGAUUUGUUCGAAAUGGCACCGAUCCUAUACGAACAUUGUCCACCUCUACCACACUCCACCGCAGGAAAACGAGAAGCGAAUGAACAAUGGAGAAGAAAUCUAUGGAUCGGUGGUGCAGGCACAUUCACACCAAUCCAUCGUGAUCCAUACGAAAACCUCUUUGCACAAAUCGUUGGCCGAAAACGUGUUCAUAUCUUCCCGCCAAAGGUUGCCGAGCAGUUGUACCUGUUUGAUCGCUCUAGCAGACAGUCAAACACUUCUGCAAUUCCGACGGAGGAACCCCUGUUAGAUUUGGACAGCGAUAUGUCGGAUCAUUUCCCGCUUUUGCAACAGGCAAUCCAAGAUCCAGAUGCGGCUUGUGCUAUCUUGGAACCUGGAGAUGUUUUGUAUAUACCACAAGGCUUUUAUCAUUGCAUAGCUAGCCUUUCAAUAUCAGCAAGUGCAAAUGCAUGGUUUCGCUAAUCAAAACAAGACACUUGUGUCACUACUGUAUUUCUAGAAAUUGUGUCUAAAAUGAAUGAUUUUAC